UUUAGUUAAACUAUCGACAUGAAGAAAUUAAAGCUUAAAGAACUGGAAAGCUGUCUUCAACACGUUGAUAUUUUUGAAAGUCCAAAACUGCUCCUUGAACAGUACCCAACAAGACCUCAUAUCGCAGCAUGUAUGCUUUACACAAUUCACAAUACUUUUGAUGACAUUGAAAACAAAACAAUUGCAGAUUUAGGAUGUGGCUGUGGCAUGCUCAGCAUUGGAAGCGCAAUGUUAGGAGCAGGACUGUGUGUGGGGUUUGACAUAGAUGCAGAUGCACUGGAAAUAUUUAAUAGCAAUAUUGAAGACUUUGAGCUCACAAACAUCAACAUGGUUCAGUGUGAUGUCUGUUCUUUACCUGACAGCAUGUCAGAAACUUUUGACACAGUUAUUAUGAACCCUCCAUUUGGUACCAAGCAUAAUAAAGGAAUGGAUAUGAUUUUUCUGAAAACUGCUUUGCAAAUGGCAAAAACAGCUGUAUAUUCCCUUCACAAAACUUCAACACGGCAGCACAUUCAAAAAAAAGCAGAUGAAUGGGAAGUGAAGAUGGAAGUCAUAGCAGAACUGAGAUACGACCUACCCGCAUCAUACAAGUUCCAUAAGAAGAAAUCAGUUGACAUUGAAGUGGAUUUCAUUAGAUUUUCUGCCAAGAAACUCCUGAACUGAGACAUGUCUUUAAAACCUAAUGAAAAUGGAACAAUAAAAACAAUGAUUUCUUU